CGCCUCUAAAUGAUACGAUCUCAGCAAGUCCUCCAUUACAAUCGGAAAACAAAUCAAGGAAUAGUGCAUCCAGAUUGCGUUCUCCGAAACACCGAAAACGAAUAUCAAACUCCGAUGCAAGCUCGCUCGCGAGUGACGUUAGGCAGCAAUGGGCGACACCAGAGUACGAAAGUUGUGCUAGGAGUAAAGAGUGCAGUGUGGUCGCUAUGGAGGAAGAAGAAGCACAGAACAACGCACGUGAUGAAAGUUUAGUCCAUGUAGAUAGUGUAAAUUAUACUAUAAGUGAAGAAAUUAGUUGUGAUGCAAACAAGGAUAAAGUGCCCGGAGAAGAAGCACCUAAGCAGACCGUCCAAGUGCCUUCAGAUCCGCGCCUAUGGAGCAGCAGCGAUCUUGCCCAGUGGGCAGAGUGGAUGCGCCGGGAGUUCCGCAUCCGGCGCCUCGAAGUCUCUGCGCUCCCAGAAACUGGCUCGGCUUUAUGUAGCCUCAGCGUCCGCCGCAUCAGACGGCUGGUGGGCGGGGGGCGGACAGGACGCCUCGUCACCAAGUAUCUCGAGUGCCAACUGCAGGCGUUCGGUGCCACGCUGCCGCGACCCAAUGAUGACACUCCAUCGUCUACUAGCAGAGAUGAUCAGGAUGAUGACGAGGAAGAUGGUGACGACGACGUCGAUGAUGACGACCUUGACCCAUAUGAAGUGUUGGGCCCACGGUCCAGCCGACUGUCAGCGCCGGGGUCUGGACAGAUCCAGCUGUGGCAGUUCCUGCUGGAGCUGCUGGCGGACCCUAGCAACAGCGACAUUAUCACCUGGGAAGGAACUUCCGGCGAGUUCAAAAUAAUUGAACCCGAGGAAGUGGCCAAGAAAUGGGGCGAUCGCAAGAGUAAACCGAACAUGAAUUACGACAAGCUCUCCAGGGCUUUAAGAUAUUAUUACGACAAGAACAUUAUGACUAAAGUUCCUGGGAAGAGAUAUGCCUACAAGUUCGACUUCCGUGGCCUAGACCAAGUGCGCCAGCAACAGAGCAUCGACAGCGCACGUUGCACGGAUCACUUGGCCCUGCUAGCCCCUUACUCGCAUUUGUUCGGCAGCCCCAUAGUGGCACCAGCCCCAACUUCACCCAUAGUCCCACCACACACCCAACCACCACCCUCGUAUUGGGAAAGCAUUUCUUCACAAGCUUCAUACAUCGCGAGCAGCAUGGCUCAGCUUACGAGCUCGCCUGCUCAAUCAGCCUCAUCUAAUGCGAGUCCACAGCACGGAGUUACCUCAAUCGCGUCGUCUAUACCGUCCACGACGAAUUUUCUGUCUCCUCCACACAUUCCAAUCGAUGCUGUGAGCAAACACUUUGCUAUGACAAGCUCUCUUGCGAUUCCUAGCGGGUCGUCAUGUUUCACUAGUUUAGCAUCCACAAUAGCUACCUCCUCCCCAUUGGCAACUUCUUCCCCUCAGAUCACUCAUUCCCCGGAGAAGUCUCCACGUUUGGAAUUGGGGUUAGGAAGCGCUGCUUUCAGAUCCCCACUGGCGUCUCCAGCCUCCAUGGGGCUAUUGGCGCCGUCUAUUUCCCCUUCUUUCUACCCUCCGUCGACCUCUUCUUCGCCUGAUAGGCAUCAGGCCUCGCAUUACCGGAGGACCUAGACGAAAGUCUCAACAAACAGCCAGGCUUCAGCUGAAAGCAUUGUAUUUAAUUUUUCACUUAUUGCAUAAUCUUGCAAAUCAAGAAGCGUUCGUUAUGUAUUACCGACUCAUUGAGGUAGGAAAAGA